CUAAAACGACACAAACCAAACAGGAAACCUCGAACUUCGUACUCAGUCAAGCAACUCCUUCUUCUGGAGAACAAAUACAAACGAAGGCAGUACCUCAACGCCAACGAAAGACUCGAGUUUGCCAUCUCACUGGGACUCGAUGAAAAUCAAGUCAAAAUCUGGUUCCAGAAUAGGCGCGCCAAGUCGAAGAGACUGCAGGAAGAGGAGAUA